CUUAUCUUACAAUUUCACCGAGAAACUCACUCUAGAAGCUACACACUCUGCAACAAUGGCUGCAGAGAUGGCAUUGAUAAAACCCAUCUCUAAUUUCACUAGAACCAGCCCUAAAUUUAUCACCUCAACAAGAAAAUCAUUCUCCAUUGUCAAAAUGGCAUCUCAGUCCACUGCAUCAACAACAAAGUCAGGGAAACCAAAAAAAGCAAUCAAAGAAACCUUACUUGCUCCUAGAUUUUACACAACUGAUUUUGAUGAAAUGGAAACUCUUUUUAACACUGAGAUGAACAAAAACUUGAAUGAAGCUGAGUUUGAAGCUCUAUUACAAGAGUUCAAAACUGAUUACAAUCAGACUCAUUUCGUUAGAAACAAAGAGUUCAAGGAAGCUGCUGAUAAGUUGCAAGGUCCUCUUAGACAGAUUUUUGUUGAGUUCUUGGAGAGAUCUUGUACUGCUGAGUUCUCAGGGUUUCUUCUUUACAAAGAACUUGGAAGAAGACUUAAGAAAACCAACCCAGUUGUUGCUGAAAUUUUCUCACUCAUGUCCAGGGAUGAAGCUAGGCAUGCUGGAUUCUUAAACAAGGGACUGUCAGAUUUCAACUUGGCACUGGAUCUUGGAUUUCUUACAAAGGCUAGAAAAUAUACAUUCUUCAAACCCAAGUUCAUUUUCUAUGCUACAUAUUUAUCUGAGAAAAUUGGGUACUGGAGGUACAUAACCAUUUAUAGGCACUUAAAGACCAACCCUGAAUACCAAGUUUAUCCAAUUUUCAAGUAUUUUGAGAACUGGUGCCAAGACGAGAACAGACAUGGAGAUUUCUUCUCCGCACUGAUGAAAGCUCAACCCCAGUUUCUUAACGAUUGGAAAGCAAAGUUGUGGUCUCGGUUCUUCUGUCUAUCGGUGUACGUGACCAUGUACUUGAAUGACUGCCAGAGAACAGCUUUUUACGAAGGGAUCGGACUUAACACUAAAGAGUUUGAUAUGCACGUCAUAAUUGAGACAAAUCGUACAGCCGCAAGGAUUUUCCCUGCAGUUCUAGAUGUUGAGAACCCGGAGUUCAAGAGGAAGUUGGAUCGGAUGGUGCAAAUCAACGAGAAACUUCUUGCAAUUGGUGAAACUGAGGAAUCAUCUUUGGUGAAGAACUUAAAAAGGAUCCCACAUGUUGCAGCGUUGGCGAAUGAGCUCUUGGCUGCGUAUCUCAUGCCUCCUAUUGAUUCUGGAUCUGUUGAUCUUGCUGAGUUUGAGCCACAAGUUGUGUAUUAAUAAGUUUUUUGUGUAUUGAGGAAACAAAGGCCCUUCAAUUCAAUUCAGUUCAGUGCAAAGUUUAAUUGCUACAGUUGACCAUUACUAUGGACCUGCUGUGUAAAGAACUAAACAUUUGUGACAUAUAAUGUAUCAUGAUUUCUGGACGCA